UAAUAACGACAAAUGAGGUUUCCCCGGUAUAAGAUGAGCCCAGAGUGAGAGCGGGGCAGAGGGACACAGAGAGGAGACACAUGGAGGGGCAACGAGACCUGCAUCAGUCUCUGGACCGAAACUCCUCCUUCACCUCCUGCCGCUCCUCCCGCUCCUCAGGCGCUUCCUCCUCCGCCUCCUCUUCCUCCUCCAUCUCCUACAGCCUGACCUCCCUGGUCCUCAUCUCUACGGCAACCGCUUCCCUCAGCAUCAUCACCGUCGUCGGCAACACAUUGGUCCUGCUGUCAAUCAAAGUCAACCGACGCCUCCGAACCAUCAACAACUACUUCCUCCUCAGCUUGGCCAUUGCGGAUCUUGUCAUUGGACUUUUUUGUAUGAAUCUAUCUGCUUUGCACCUGCUGUUGGGACGAUGGCCACUAGGGGGAACGGUGUGCGACAUGUGGUUAGUUUUGGACUACGCGGUUAGCAGCGCAUCGGUCAUGAACUUGUUAAUCAUCAGCUUGGAUAGAUACUUCUGUGUUACGCGACCGCUAAGCUAUCCAACAUGGCGGACCGGGAGGAUGGCGGCGCUGAUGAUCGGGUCUGCGUGGGUUUUGUCAUUUCUGCUGUGGACUCCGCCAAUUUUGUGCUGGCAAUGGGACCAAGGGCAAAGAGUUGUGCCCGAAAAUGAUUGCUACAUUCACUUGCUAGCGAGUCCCACGGUGACACUAGGAACCACGGUGCCUUCGUUUUACCUCCCAGCGCUGACCAUGGUGGGACUGUACUGGAGAGUGUCGGCCCACAGUCGAAGUCGUUUGGUCGGGGUGGGCUCAGGGCGAGGUGGGGCAUACAGUGGUGGUGGGAGGAGGUUUUCUACUCAGUCAUUUAAAGAUUUAACCGUCCCAAAAAGGAACAGGAGCUGGAGCAGUGAGCCGGAGAUCAAGUCAGAGGUGUCACAGACCAUCAACCAAUCAGAAGCAAGUACGCCCAAACAUGGACUCAACAGGAAGUGCUACAGGAGUUCAGUGGACUCCUCUCCCUCCCAUGUCUCUGACCUGAAUCGUGUUGACCCAGACUCCAGCAGUACCCUGGACCUCCACAGGGUGGCGUCUGCACUCUUCACCCGCUCAUGCCCCAGCCUCAGGUCCACACAGCGCAGACACAAACGUGUUUUGGCUCGAGAGCAGCGCGUUACUCGGACCAUCCUCGCCAUCCUCCUGGCCUUCAUCGUCACCUGGACCCCCUAUAAUGUGAUGGCGCUGGUGGCAGCCUUUUGUCACGUGUGCAUCCCGAGGCAGCUGUGGCGGCUCGGGUGUUGGCUCGGCUACUUCAACUCUGCCAUCAACCCAUGCUGCUACGCCCUCUGCAACGCCAGCUUCAGAAAGACCUUCUUUAGUCUGCUCUGUUGUAGGGGCAGAAAGUUUAGAUGACUACAGGCCUGCUUUAGUCCAU